AUGCUCAUUCUCGAAGAUGAUGCUACUCUCCGCAGUGUCUUAUUGGGCCCGGUCAAGCUGAGGGCGUUCACUCAAAACUCCGGCACCUCUACCAUCUGUGGAGAAGGUGCUUUUCACGCCGCCGAUAAGGUUGUUCAGUUUAGCGGUGGUGGCACUGUCGAGAUCUCUGACUUUUAUGUCGAAGACUAUGGCAAACUUGUGCGAUCUUGCGGUAACUGCCAGGAUAACGGCGGUGUUCUCGGCGGUACCAAUACUAAUUAUGGCGACACCUGCACCAUGUCCAACGCUUGCGAGGACUCAGGCAAGAACUGCGACCUUUUCAAGGGUGACUCUGGCGGCAGUGAACCCUCUUAG